GACAGAGACAGAGACAGAGACAGAGAAAGAGAGGUCCUCUGUCUACUCUGCUCUUGUUUUGAGCGCACACUUCUUUUCAGGUUUUCACACCGUCACAUCCUCAAAAGUUGGAGCACUUUGGUCGUUCAGCAAGUCCAGGGGUCUCUUUGCGGUGACUCUCCUCUUCCUCAUCAACGUCUCCCAGGACGCCCGGACGGACCGAAAACGGUGCUCAUUCUAGCCGAGCUUGAUGAACAUUCCUACAGCAUCAUAUUUCAUACAUCUUCGAACUGGGUGGUGUGAUGCAGUGGUCCUACACAACUAACAUGAAGUUUGUGUGUGUCGCGUAGCUGCGCUCUAACGCGUAUGCUAGCUCUUCAACCUUUUGGGGCGCUUUGGUUCUUCCCAGGAUGUCCGUGUGUGACUUUCUGAAUUGCACGUAAAGGCUUUAUAAAGGCUGAGAGGAAAGCGGAGAGCUCGGCAGUCUCUCAGUUCUCUGAAGGAAGGAAGGAAGGAAGGAAGGAAGGAGGGCUUGUUGUGCUCUUGUACUACCAACAGCCUCCUCUAUGCCGCUUUAAUCGUCUCUGCGGUAGAAUUGAGUGCACCGAGAAGAACUGAAGAAGGAGAAGUAGAAUAAAAAGAGGAAGGAGAGGAAGAGAAAGAAGAAUAAGAAAAGGAGGCAAAAACAAACAAACCAACAAACAAAAAAGAAGAAACCAUGAAGAAGUUCAGGAAGGUGCUGGAUGGUCUGACCACGUCGUCCCCGGCCAGCGCAGGAGGCUCUCCGUCGUGCGGAAGCGCUGCUGGAACUCCCACUGCAGCAGCGACUCCGCGCGAGCUGGACAUACAGGAGACCCUCAUGGGGGAGCACUUCCACAUCUGUAAGACUGUGCGUCAUGGCUUCCCCUACCAGCCCACAGCCCUAGCCUUUGACCCUGUACAGAAGAUUUUGGCUAUCGGAUCUCGUUCGGGAGGAGUGCGCAUUCUGGGACGGCCUGGCGUGGAUUGCUAUUGUCAGCAUGAGAGUGGAACAGCUGUACUGCAACUUCAGUUCCUUAUUAAUGAGGGAGCACUGGUCACAGCCUGUGCAGACGAUACCCUGCACCUCUGGAACCUUCGGCAGAGACGUCCAGCAAUACUGCACUCGCUCAAGUUCAACAGAGAAAGGAUCACAUUUUGUCAUCUACCCUUCCAGAGUAAAUGGCUUUACGUUGGAACAGAGCGGGGAAACACACACAUCGUCAAUGUCGAGUCAUUUAUUUUGUCCGGAUACGUCAUUAUGUGGAACAAGGCCAUAGAACUAUCAACAAAGACACACCCAGGGCCUGUUGUUCACCUGAGUGACAGCCCAAAAGACGAAGGAAAGCUGCUGAUCGGUUAUGAGAGCGGCACUGUAGUCAUGUGGGACCUGCGAUCGAAAAGAGCUGACUUCAGAAUUUACUAUGAUGAGGCAAUCCACUCAGUUAGCUGGCAUCAUGAAGGACGGCAGUUCAUGUGCAGUCACUCUGACGGAAGUCUCACCAUGUGGAACCUAAGAAACACAGCCAAACCCUUCCAAAUCACCUUCCCUCAUGGUAAAUCUCAGCGAGACGGCAGAAAAGAAUCAUGCAAGCCGAUUCUCAAGGUGGAGUACAAGACCUGCAGAAACAGUGAGCCCUUUGUCAUCUUCUCUGGAGGCCUGUCAUAUGAUAAAGCAGGCAGGAGGCCCACUCUAACCAUCAUGCAUGGCAAAUCCAUCACAGUGCUGGAAAUGGACCAUCCCAUAGUGGAGUUCCUCGUGCUCUGCGAGACACCCUAUCUCAACGAGGUGCAGGAGCCAUACGCGGUGGCCGUGCUCCUGGAAAAGGACUUCAUCGUGGUCGAUCUUACACAAAGCAAUUUCCCAAUUUUUGAGAACCCCUACCCCAUGGAUGUCCAUGAGUCCCCAGUCACCUGCACAGCCUAUUUUGCUGACUGUCCACCUGAUAUCAUCCCAGUGCUGUACUCUAUAGGAGCAAAACACAAAAAGACUGGCUAUAGCCACAAGGAAUGGCCAGUGAGUGGAGGCACAUGGACUCUCGGUUCCCAAACAUAUCCAGAGAUUAUUAUCACAGGACAUGCAGACGGAUCGAUAAAGUUUUGGGACGCCACAGCCAUCACGCUGCAGAUGCUUUACAAGCUGAAGACUUCGAAGGUGUUUGAGAAGGUGAAGGCCAGUGAAGGUGGCCGCAGUGCCGAGUUGGUGGAGGAGGACCCCUACGCAGUGCAGAUGGUCAGCUGGUGUCCACAAAGCCGCAUCUUCUGCGUGGUGGGCAUCAGUGCCCAUGUCAUAUUAUACCGCUUUAGCAAGCAUGAUGCCAACACCACUAUCACGGCUCUGGAUGUGCGUCUGCAGUGUGAGGCGGAGGAUGUAAUCUCACCAUCAGACGCAGAAAAUACGGUGUGUGCAACAGAUGUGGGAACUCACUCGCCCCAGCCGCCCAGCCCGCGCAGUAACACUCCGGAUAGUGUGAGAGACAGCAUCCCCUGCCUUAAGGUAAAAGAUCGCAUAGUAUGGAUGCCCCCUGGAUACCAGGCCGAACUUGUAAUCCAAUUGUUAUGGGUUGACGGAGAGCCACCUCAGCAAAUCACCAGCCUGGAUUUAAACUCUGCCUAUGGCCUGUUAGCUCUAGGUAACUGUAAUGGUCUGGCAGUUGUGGAUUAUCUGCAGAAGACAGUGAUAGUGUGUAUGAGCACUCUGGAGUUAUACGGCUCGGCUGACCCCUAUCAACGCCUCACACGUUCGCCCCGCAAGAACCGCCAGUCCACAUCAGACUUUUGCAUGCGUGGCCUGUCUAAUUUUUAUUCAGAUUCAAAGAAACGGAUCCGUACCUCGUACCAGAGCCUUACUGAACUUUCCGAUAACCAGGUUUCUUUGGACCUGGAAAGGAGCAAAUCACCCACCUCAGUGCCCUACUCUUCCUAUGUACACAAUGAGCCUCGGGGCACACCGGAUCCCGUGUCCAAUCUCCGUGCCAGCCAUUACAGUCCAGUCUUUUACCUGUUGGACAAUGUAAAGGGACCAGGCAGAAAGUUAAGUCUACCCACUGAUCUUAAGAGUGAUCUUGAUCAUGUGAAUGGACAUUGCACUAGUCCAACUUCGCAGCCAUGUGUAUCUGGGAGACCCCGUGCUCCAGGGGCCCCUGAGGGGCCUCGUCUCACCCGCCGCGGGCCCGGACGACCGCCAUUCCGCAAGGCCCAGUCAGCCGCAUGCAUGGAGGUCUCUUUGCCUGUGUCCUCCCUCACCGAAGGUUACCCGUCCAGACGGGCCAUGCUGCAGCAGUUGCAUGGUGUCAGUAUGUACUCACACGAUGAGCACCACGUCACUGCGUACUCCUGGAGCGAGAGAGAGAGUCGGGAAAAUUCGUUCAGCCGAUCACGGAGUUCCAGUGUCUCCAGUAUAGACCGGGACACCAAAGAGGCUGUGACCACACUGCAGUUUGCUGAAUCAUAUGGUCGCAAGUCAGAUGUGCUGCCUACACCGUGCCUAUGGGUGGGCACCAGCCUGGGCCUUUUUCUGCUAUUGCCAUUGUCCAUUGCCACUGAUGAGCAGGAGAGGCUGGAGGAACCCGUCACUGUUGCACCCACCAGCACAGUCUUAAUGCUGAAAGGUUCAGUCCUGCGCUUUGGUUUUCUGGACUUCACUGGCGCUUUGAUCCACAGUGCACACGAGGUGUGGAGAGACCCACAUGGAGUCGAUGACUCCGAUCGGCCCCGCAGGAGAAAGUUGGUCAACUUCUCACCAUGUUCCUCGCAGGAAACCAGUGCCGAGGGCCACCUGGCUGUUGUGUGCUCUGAACGGCAAGCCAAGGUCUUCCUCAUGCCCUCGCAGACCUGCCUCUAUGUGCACAACAUCACAGAGUCGUCGUUCGUGCUGCGUGCUGACGUGGUGGCCGUCUCCAACAGCGUGGGCUUGGCCUGCUUCUGUGCCAACGGACAUGUCAUGAUCAUGAGCCUGCCAAGUUUACGACCCCUGUUGGAUGUACACUACCUGCCGCUUACGGAUAUGCGCAUUGCUAGAACAUUCUGCUUCACCAAUGGUGGUCAGGCUCUCUAUUUAAGCUCUCCAACAGAAAUACAGCGUAUCACCUACAGCCAGGAAAUGGCUGAUAACUUGCAGGAGAUGCUGGGGGAGCUUUUCACACCCAUCGAGACCCCUGAGGCGCAGAACCGAGGCUUUCUGAAGGGGUUUUUUGGGGGAAACACACAGACCUUUGAUCGAGAAGAGCUCUUUGGUGAGGCAGCAGCAGGGAAGGCUUCUCGAAGUCUGGCCCAGCAUAUACCUGGCCAGUGCACCGUGGAGGGCAUACGAGCAGCAGCUGGUGGGGCAGUGGGCGAUCUUGCCCGAGCUCGCAUUGCCUUGGAUGAAAGAGGACAGAGACUAGGAGAGUUGGAGGAGAGGACUGCUCAAAUGAUGUCCAGUGCCGAGACGUUCUCCAAACACGCUCAUGAGCUGAUGCUGAAAUGCAAAGACAAGAAGUGGUAUCAGUUUUAAACGAGUUAGCCUAGAUGAAGGCUAAUUCUGCUUACCAACCACUCCUCUGGAACAUGGACCUUCACUUUGUGAAAGAGAACCUGAGUGGUGCUUAGGGGCUGUUUCUUCUCUCUGGGGCUAUGUGUACAGAACUAUACUUCUUAAUCAGACUGGUUUGACAGACUGAAGACAAUAACUGAUGGACAGGUACCAUUAGCAUUAAAACAAUUUUGGGGCGGUUCCUCCUCUCAUACGUUAUGGAUUCGACCAUCCUUCAUUCAUGUACAGGGGCCAAGGGUCUUCUUACAGGAGGAAACAUUGCCUCAUGCUGUGUAGAUACUUUAAAAUUAUAUUAAAACAACAUCAACAACAACAACAACAACAACAAGACUGCAUGAAACAAAAACGGAUGACCUAUAAAAACAUUAAAACUGCCAUAUUCAAAAACAGCAUGUUACUUUAAAACAAAGGGAAUUCAUAGAAUACCAUACUUUUAUUUAAUAAUAUAAGCCAAUACCAGAAUCCUAUGACAAAAUCUUUCUAUUUUUUGAAAUAGCGAUAAAAUAUGAAUAAAAAAGGGAAACUGUAUACCUGGAUUGCUAUAAGGCCAAAAUUCUGUUUCUUUUUACAUUUCUUUCUUUUAAUUGCUCCAUACUUCUUCUUUUCAAUAAGGUAUUAUUAAAAAAAAUCCACAUUUUCUGUCUUCACAUCACUUAUUAAUGCAACGUGUUCCACCCUUGUGUUCUGAUUACAGACAUCAAAAACUACAGAUCAAACAAAGCGCAUUCACCGACACCCUCGAAACAAAUCGAAUUUAUCGCACAUACAACUUCUUGUCACACCGCUUUAGAAUACAAUACGAUGUUAUUACGAAGUAGCUGCUAACACAUUCAUUGUCCCUUGAAUAACAGCUUUACUACUGAAACAAGUUACUUCAUCUUCUUCUAGAAAUGUACGACGUACGUGGUUUUAGACGUAUAAGCGAGAAGUAAGCUGUUCUGGGCAAUAUGUGCUAUGAGUGUAUCUGUGUGGUCUUACUUGAGUGUGUUUCUAUUCCUAAAGCCAAUGUAAUAAUUCAUGUGCCAUAUGAUAGAUGGGUGAAGUAUCUUUCCUGUUAACUAGCGAUGAACCUAUUCUGUCCGUGGUUGAUAUUUCUGAAAAAACGCCGUUGCCUGUAGAUUUAACUCAAUCGAAGAGGUCUCCUGAUUAUUUGUGUCUGUUCCGGUACACUACAGUUUGUUCAUUUUAGUUGCGUGGGGUUCAACUUAUAAUUUUUUCAGCCAGCCUGUUAAUGUUAGUCUUUUUUUUGUUUGAUAAUUGGACUGCUAUCAAGUCUGGCGAGUCAAGAUGUACCUCAUUUGAAGAAAUUUUACGGAAAACAUUGCCAAAUCCAUGAAGCUCAAACGAAAGAGUUUGAAGACAUAGGGGCACCACAUGAAUAUUUGUGCUCUCUGGCCACUGUCUCUUAAAUGUACAAAGUGUUGUAUGGCGACUAGUGAACCAUGCACAAUGGGGCGAUCCUGUUCGCACAGAUCACAGCCUACAUGUGAGCGUAACCAUUCUGAAUACUAUUUUUUUUAAAGAAAUCACAUGCGAUUGUUUUAAUGCUUUCUUUGGCCUGUUGUGCUUGAGUAAGACAUCUGUUUACCUUCCCAAAAUCUUACAUCUUAUCUCUCUCCACAUCUUCUGCACUUGUAUAUUAUAUGGCCAAAGCAUUUGUACCUAAGUCCAACAUCAGAAUGAAACAUCAGAAUGAAACAUGUAGGAUUUCAACUCUGCUAAGGCUGUACACUUCAGCAAACUUUUUGAAGGCAGUUUAGUCACACAAAAAAGAAAGAAAAAAGAAAGCUAGCAUGGCUAAGAAAUUGAUCAAGGGCAUGAAAGCCAGCAGUUAGGCUUAGCUAUCCCUUUAAAGGUUUUUUAGCUCCAAACAUAAUAUAUACAUCAGUGUUAAUCGAGUAAACCCACAUGCCUGUGUUAAUACUCAUUUUAUAGUAAAAAUGAUCACUAUGACUGUCCUUCAUUUCAAAGCUAAGAGAAAGUAAAUAUAUCUGAUAAUCCUGUAGGUCAGACAUCUUAAUCAUAUGAAUUUUUUUUAUCAGCCUAAAAAUAAUACAGGGUGUUAUGAUUCUAUGUUCUCAGCUUUUAUACUAAAAUGUACAGUUGAACCUGAAGAGAGUUGGGAGAAACGUCAUACAACGAGCUCAUGUGAUUUCUUCUGUAAAUGUUUUACCUGUUGAGAGAUGGUACUGCGUCUAAAAUUCUGAAUGUAGUUCUGUAGUCCUCGCUCUGUCUCAAACUCUGAAGCGUCUCUGUCUUCUCUACAGAGAGCGUGGCAUCAUCCGUCUUGUUUAAAUGGAUACUACCACUUUUUUUUGUUCUUAUCGAUAUUACAGUAGUAUUAUAGAGGUUACUGGAGUAAAAAAAAAAAGAAUUAAUUAAAUAAUUAAUUAAAUCAUGAAACAUAUGUUGAUGCUAAUCAAAUUGAAAUAAACAUUGAGUGAUGUACUCAUGGCAACGUGAGAUUGUUUUCUUACGCAUUAUGUUUUGUUUAAAAUGAAAAAUCGAAUUAAAUAUUGGAAAUUUGUGUCA